CGCCAGUCACCCCCCGACUCUCCCUUUUAUCCUCCACCACAACACACGCCGAGGUUCAAUAUUUGUACCUUCUACCAUAAUUGCUUUUCUAAUCCUGUCUUGGGAUUUUUGAAAAAGAAGCAGUCUGACUCUCUGGAACCGAGCGCUCUCGCUCUUCUCGCAUCACCCGCACGCAUCUUCGCGCCUGAGAGAAGACAAGGAGUUACCUCUUUCACACUUCUCUGUCUCAACAACAUAGCCAGCACGUGCUUCGGUCAGUCACUCGAGCAGAAACACACUCCAGCAUCCCCAUUCGGAAGCUGCUCUUGGUCCGCAAGGCUGGCGAAGCCAUCUAAAGAUGGACGGAUCCGGUUACAAUGACCAGGCCAAGCUGAAGGCCGCCCUGGAACUGGCCAAAAGUUUCAAGAAGGGCAAGGAAAAGCAACAUCGCGGCAAGGGCGGUUCCAUCACUGGAGGGAAUAAGUCUCAACCUACCCUAUCAGAUCAGAGGAACCACCAGUACCCGACAGAUAGGAGUCGGUCAUAUCAUGAAGACCAGCAGCAGCGACAGGAGCGACCGCCGCCAAAUGUGCCUCCCCCAAGCCAACGGAGCUAUACGAACACAUUGGUCUCAGAUCCUUCUAAAAUAAGCUCAGGCCCUAUCAUGGGAAGCAAGGCGUUGGAUUUCCUGUGCCGUCAAGACCACCGUGUCAAACCAGAAACCCCAUCCGUCCCUGAGCUGAUCCGAAAGGAUGUCGAGCUCGUUACUGCAAAGCCCGUCACCAAAGAAGAGUUACUCGACCCAGACGGAAUUCAACAGCGUCGAUCUAUUGAAAAGAAUGGAUACGCCUUUGAAGCGAUUCGAAAGCAUAUCACUCCAGCUGCUGCGAAGCCUACCGUCAAAACAAUGGGCCCCGGCUUGACCAGAACACAGGUCCCCCAGCCUCUCAUCGACUUGGAGAUCUCACCAAAGACACCAAAAGACGACAUGGUGGAUUCUUUCUUCUCUCUCAUGGACCAGGACAUUGAUGAGAUAGUGGAGGCGCAGUUUUUAGCACCUACUUCCGAAUCUUUGCGUCUUGCAAACGAUGAAACUCUGGUGCCAAUAGCCACUCAACCUGUUCUUCAGCCGAAAAAGUGUGGCCAAGGGAGUUCUUCUCUAGAGGCUGUUCAGGAACCCACUCGGCCUUCUCCUUUGCAAGUUCGCCCUGAGAAGGGAAACUGCACUGAGCCGCAAAAGGAAAACCUUCGCCCCAAAGCUCCCGAGUUCAUACCGGAACGAGUCUCUACAGAGAAAUCUAACCAAGGUACCAAUGCUUUAUCACCCAUUCGCUCUGGGGGCUCGAAGUUAUCUGCGGAAGCCAUGGAAUGGACCCCAGUCAAGCCAAUCGACGUCCAGAAUCCACCCGUGCAGCUCCAUGAACUUGUUGUGCCAACUGGCCAAUCGAACGGCCAUUUGGUGUCCGUCACUCCGAUCCAAUUUACUGACGGACGUCUUAUCCCAGGAAUCACCACCGGUCAGCUCUAUCUCCAAACGCCCGUCAAUGUUAUGCAGGCCAACAUCCCCCCAUCGGCGCCAGAGUCAGGAACGAUGGGCACUUUCCCCUUUGGUGCCUCAUCUGGAGCUGUUGCACCAACCCCUCUCGCCUCUGACAGCUCGGUAGCUACGCGAAAGAAGCCUACGAAGGGAUUAAAGGCGUCGAUGUGGGCUACAAAGUGAUCACCAAGUUCUCAUAGUGGAACACCCUUUGAAGUCUCCGAUAUGUGUUUGAGGAAGCCGCACAAGACAACUUCUACACAAAACUGCGAACUCGAGCACUGGGCAGCAGAAAAUCGAGUCCGAUGGGGACGAACGACAUAAUGGAUCGAGCAUUGACGAAGAAAAGUCCCAGGGGAAGGGGUUGUGGUCUUAUGUAUGAAUCUUGUAUCGAAGAAUGAAUGCCGAUAGGAGCCGAACCUCGAUAUGAGACGAG